GCACCCCCACCAUAGCAUCCGCCCCUACAAGCGUUGUUUUCCCUCCUCUUCUCCUAUCUUCCAUCGUCCUCCACCCUCAAUCCAGCAUCAUCUCACCCUCUCAAUUAACAUGAUCAAGACAAGAACGCAAUUCCUUUAAUUCUUGAUCGGACAAACAAAACGUGGCAAAUUAUUCUUUUAGUUUUCAAAUUGCAACGAUAUUAGAAAAACUUGUUUCAAAUAAAGACUAUUCCAAGUGUUUUUUUAUUCUUUUUUGUAAACAAAACUAAACUUAGCCGGUCUACGAUCCAAAUUCUUCUCAUCCCACAUUCCCAAAACAAUAAUCAAUAAUGUCAUCCCAACCUUCCGGCGGCUACGCCGCCGCAGCAACCACCCAACCAUGGCCGUCAUUCUUCGACAUCCACUCUCUCUCCAUCCCAGUCUCCCUCUCCGACGCCACAACUCGCCUCAACUUAAACCUCUCCCACUUCAAACUCAACUACCUCAACAUCUUCCUCAUCGUCCUCUUCCUUACUCUCGCUCUUCGCCCUCUCUCUCUCCUCCUCGUCUUCGCCUCCGCAAUCGCCUGGUACUACUUCUACUUCAACUCCCGCACUUCUCCGCUCGAAAUUCUAGGGUUCGUCGUUGACGAUCGAGUCAUUGUUGGUGUGCUUUCUGUGAUUACGAUCAUCGCUUUUGUUGUUGCUCAUGCUUGGAUGAAUUUGCUGGUUUCGAUUGUGGUUUCGGCUGUGCUUGUUUGUUUGCACGGUGUUCUUAGGGCUCCGGUUGGUGAUUCUGAUCCUUAUGGUGGUCUUCUUGAUGCUGAAUCUGGUGGUUAUAGUGAGUUUUAAUUCAAUUAGGGUUUUCUAAUUUUGGAUUAAUUUUAGUGUGUGAUUGUUGUUGAUUUGUGAUUGAAGCUGGUAAUUGAAUCAUAUGCUUGAUUUAUAUGAGCAUUAAUUUUGCUUGUAAUUGAUCAGAAAUUGUAGUUGAUUGCAAUGAAAUUGAUCGCGUUUUUGCUAAUUUGGACAAAUUAUGUGUAAUUUUGCUGUCAAAUUGGUUUGAUUGUUAGAUUUGAGCUCAAGAAACUAUUAUUAUU